CAAAGCCUUUGUGGUAUUGGUAAAUUACAGUUGAGUUUACCACACUAGAGCGCAAGUUUACAAUUUACUGCGCUCUUUACUUCAAUAUAUGAUUGCGUUCAUUGUAAUUUUCAUACAACUUUUCAAAGUAGAGGGUGGAUACUUAAGAGAUUUUAUUAAUAGUUUUCAUAACAGUUUGUUAGUUAGGAAAUAGUUUAUGCGACGGAAUGUAGUUCAAACAGCGGAACAUAUGUAGUAUUUAUCACUUAUAAAUUAAUUUCACUCUUUGUUGUGGAAUACUGAACUGACGAUGGUUUAAAUGUGGUUUUGAAUUGAGAGAUAGUUUGAUUAUUGUUAUGAAUAGUCCGGAAAGGCAAAAUCUGAUCAUGAGACAAUAAUAUAUGGACAAAUGUUAAAUACAUUCAAAAUAUUUUGAAACAGCGACGUGGAUGUGAUGCUGUGUUAUGAAAUGACUUAAUACUUCUUUCUUCAUUUUUCUGGAUUAAGUAAAGUAAAAUAAAGACACCAUAUCUUAAUUAAAUAUAAUUUAUCAAUAUGAGAUUUUCUUGGUUGCUUGUGACACUGUUUUACGUGAAAACACGUCUAGUAGCGGGAUACGUGUACGAUGCGGAUUAUCUCAUCCCUCGUGAAUGUGACUUGUGUCUCGCGAGCACGUGCCCUCAGUUGACGUACUGUGUUGGUGAGGUUGUGAAAGACCAUUGCGGCUGCUGUCAGAUCUGUUCAUCCGACUUGUUUCCUAAACAACCUAAAAAACAUCUAUCAGAGACGCCGGUAGAAGAACCGGCGACCGGGGCACUUGAUAGCUAUGAAAAUAAAUCUGAUGAUCCAUGCGAGAAAAGACGAUGCCCAAAGUUCAAAGUAUGCAUGAAAAACGUGCAAGGCCUGCCAAUAUGUGCAUGCCCUAGUUCAUUCGUCUGCAAAAAUCAUGGCAACAGGGGAAAGUCGGAAGAAAUAUGCGGAAGUGAUGGUCAAACCUAUGACUCCAAAUGCCACUUGCGAAUUGCAAGCUGUAAUGCUGCACGCAGAAUCAAACGUAAACAUGAAGGUGUAUGCACGGAUGCAGACGUUGCUGAAAUUAAUUCUAUGAAUAAACCGAUGGAGAGAAAAGAUUUUAAUGAGAUAGAUUUCGGGAAAAAUAUUGAUAAGCAAGAGGCUGAAUAUUUGGCUAAUAUUAAUAGGGCGAAAAAACGUCGUUUGCGGCAGAAAAAGAAAAAGGAAAAGAAAAAGAGAAGGCAACGCAAGAGGGAAAGGAAAGAAAGAGCAAAGAAGAAAGGAAACAGACGACAAAAGAGAAUGAAAAGACGCAAUGACGGCUACAAUAUGUAUUCAAAAAGAUACGGAUAUUUGAUAGGAAAGCAUACAAAAUGGGGUCGAAGUCAAGUAAGGAAGAGUAGAAUUUAGACAGAAAAUAAGACAAUACGUUCCUAAUAUAUGUGAUAGAGUACAGCAAACGACAAAGGUGUCAUUUUAACGCAGACGAUACUGAACUACAUUGAUGUUGUGCUGUUGAUUUUUUUUACCAUUUUUUAAAUGUUGUCAUAUUUAUUUGUCAUAUUUAUUUGUAUUGUUGUGACACCGAGCAGACACGUUUUUGACAUUAAGCGGAAGCGAGCAUACAGAUGUUUUGAUGAAUGGAAACAGUAUUUUUCUUUGACAGAUUUAUUUCAUUUUAGUACUCAGCUCCAAAACAAGUAUGAAAGAAAAACACAAUUGAUUAAAAUCAUACUUUUGUUAAAAUUAAACAAUGCACAUUUAAGUAAAAAAUUGCCAUUUAAAGAAUCUACAAUUUACAGCGGGAAUUAGCAUUAAUGAUUACAGUUAACUUAACAAGUAUUCUAUUUUUAAGAUGUUUCUUCUUCAUUUAUAAUCAAUUUGUUAUCAAUUGUACAAGAUAUUUCUUUGUAAUUAUAUAUGUUAAAAUAUCAAACUUACAUACAUGUUUUUAAAAGAGAUUAUUUGGCCAAAUUAAAGACCUAAUGCAAACCCUACGGCAAAGACGAGUAUUAUUAGCUCUAUAGUUCCAUAGAAAUAUAUUUGGCAUAAUCUUGAAGUUAUUCAUUUUAUUAGUUAAAUGCCUGUAAGAUAUCUUUGUGUUUUGUUUGAAUAUUGGAUAUAAUUACCAAAUGGAAUUCUGAUUCUGCGACAGGGACAUGGAAAAUUUGAAAUGUAACGAAUUUUCACCUUGGAAAAGAUAUAUUACUUUUGAUAUUUCUAUUUAAUGUUAGAAAAAAGAAGUAUAGUAUGUAUACAUAUAGUGUAAUGUAGAACUAGAAUGAGUGAUAUAAAUUAAAUGUGACUGUAUAAACCCAAUAUCGCACAAAUCAGCAUAAAUUAUAACUCACCGAAAAAAAGAACGACAAGUUUAAGCCGUUAAAGAUAUCUGUAGACGUGACGUGUUUGUUUUAUGAACACAUUCUGAAUAAGGAAAAUAAGAUGAAAUUGAUACAUAUGUGUCUCAUAGGCAUUUUGUAUUUUAAAGUUAGUAUAUAGGUUGAAUUGCAAAUAUAUGUAGUUGUCAAUCGAUUAAAGGCACAUUAUGCCUCAGAAACAAAUUAAUUUUGACCUCUUUAGAAAGGGCAAACUAUUUUAUAAUGUUACAUUAUGGUUUUUACUGAAUGGGAGAUGCUUGUUUUCUGAAGAAAUUGGAAUUAAAUUUGAAAUAAAUAUCAUAAAAGUAGCAAAACGUAAACGAAGUAGGGUUUUGACUUCCAUGCAAAUACUAAGUCACCAUAACUUUACUUAUUGACAAAAAAAACAACAGAUAAAAAGAUGGUUCUGGCUAUUGGCCAACUAGUAACUUUUUGGAUAAUAUAAGAGUACACCAAUAUUAAUAGCUUUCGAGAAAUAAAAAUAAAAGCAUUUCUGAGGCAUAAUGGGCCUUUCAGAACAUAUGUUGUCUGGUAAAUAUUAUACUCAUCUCGAUAAAAUUAAUAAAAUUAGAAUUAUU